AUGUUUCGUAAUCAAUAUGAUCAUGAUGUUAGCAUAUGGAGUCCUCAAGGAAGACUUUAUCAAAUUGAAUAUGCUAUGGAAGCAGUUAAACAAGGUGCAGCUACAGUAGCAGUAAAAUCUAAGACACAUGUUGUUCUUUGUGCUUUAAAACGAGCACCAUCAGAAUUAUCAGCUCAUCAAAAAAAAAUUAUGUUUAUUGAUGAUCAUAUUGGUGUUUCUAUUGCUGGAUUGGCAUCUGAUGCUCGUAUACUUUGUCGAUAUAUGCGUACAGAAUGUAUUAAUCAUCAAUAUGGUUUUGAUAAACCAAUGCCAGUAAUAAGAUUAAUGGAUCAUGUUAGCAAUAAAUGUCAAGUACCAACUCAACGUUAUGGACGUCGGCCAUUUGGUGUUGGUUUUCUUAUGGCUGGUUAUGAUGAAAAAGGUAGUCAUUUAUAUCAAUUAUGUCCAUCGGCUAAUUAUUAUUCAUGCAAAUCAAUGGCUAUUGGUGCACGUUCUCAAUCAGCUCGAACAUAUCUUGAAAAAAAUUUAGAUAAAUUUCCUGAUUCAAAUCAGGAUGAACUUAUUAAACAUUGUAUGAGAGCAUUACGUGAUACAUUACCAAAUGAAGUUGAAUUAACAGUUAAAAAUUGUGCUGUAGCUGUUGUUGGUAAAGAUACACCAUUUGCUAUAUUAGAUGAUGCUCGAAUUGGAACAUAUUUAACAGCAAUAGAAGGUGAUGAACGUGCACCACAAGCUCAAGAUGAUACAUUAGUUACUGGUGACGAUAAUCUUCCUCCUCCACCACCGGAUGCAGGCGCAGAACCACGAGUUGUCGUUGCAACGGAACGCAUGGAAUCAUAG